GUCCUCCUCCACAACGGGAAGUUGGCUCUGCGUUCGUCGAGUGACGAGGAGUUUAAGCAGCGCAAAGAGAAGGAGAAGGAGGAGAAAGAAAAGAAUGCUCAGGCUCAGAAGGACCGCCUAGCAAAGAAGAAGGCCGCCGCGAAGGCGGCCAAGAAAAGCAAGUCUCGCCCAACAACGCCCGCUGAGCCAGAGGAGAAGGAGGAAAAGAAGGAAGAGGCGGCCGACAAAGAUGCGGCCAAGACCGAGGAGGGUGAGCCCGACUUUCGGACGCUUCCCUCCGUCGGGACCUGGUUCACAGGACUUCAUCCCGAGGAAGAGGUCAAGAAGGACGAGGAGAAAGCCAAGGAAGGUGAGAAGCAGAAGGAUGAAAAGGCGAACGAAGAUGAGGAAAUCUACAAGUCGUGGUGGCCUCCACCAGACUGCGAGACGGCGGCUGAGGUCGUGAAGCCUGGUCAGUGGAAUCUGCUCACGCUUGUCGUUCGGUGCGGAUCAUCCUCCCAGCCCGAGCACCGAUUCGCCAAAGCUUACCUCAAUGGCGAGGUGGCAUUCCAUGCAAAGAGUCAUGCCGCCCUCGAG